AUGCAGGACCCGCAACCGAACCCUCAGCCACCCCCGGUCAAGCUCGGCCGCCGUGCCCAGCUCACCCAAGACGUCCUCCUCGCCGCCUCGUCCAGGGUCAUCAAGGUCCUCGACGACAAGGCCAUGCGCCAGUGCUUCCCGCAACGCUGGGCCGACGACUACCCGCACCUCGUCCCCGGGUUGAGGCAACUCGUCGUCGACACCUACACCCAGGGCGUACCCCUCGCCUGGAACGACCUCGCGCGCGCGCACGACUUUGUCCACAAGGCCAACCAGCUCGACCUCCUCCUCGCCGACGCCCAGCUCCGCAAGGACCGCGGCGACCCGCCACGCGACCUGUACCA